AUGAAAGGGAAUGCGUUUAUUACGUUUGCAGAGGACAGAAACCAGGGAAGGGCCAAGCUCUUGGCCAACCAUUUUGCGGGCCAAGACGAGAAUUCAACGGGCACCGGCCAGCCGACGGAGCGCCGCAGAGGACACCGCAACGAGCGUCCACGGGGACAAGGACAACUCCAUCGGGAACGACCCCGAACCGAUUGGCAGGGCACGCGGCCACCCGGUAUUCACCCCGUGGGCCCAGUGUUCUCACAGACAGAGCCCUCCGGCUCCCGGGAUGAGGCCCUGCGGGACAGACGCGCCCGGAUCAUGUCGCGCGGGCUGCCGAAGCAGAAGCCCAUAGAAGGAGUUGAGCAGGUGGUGGUCGUGGCUUCUGGAAAAGGGGGAGUUGGCAAAUCGACAACAGCAGUAAAUCUAGCCCUCGCCCUAGCAGCAAAUGAUUCGGCAAAAGAAGUUGGUCUACUUGAUGCUGACAUAUAUGGGCCUUCAAUUCCAAAGAUGAUGAACUUAAAAGGAAACCCAGAAUUAACACCAAGAAAUCUAAUGAGGCCCCUUAAGAACUAUGGAAUCGCAUGCAUGUCUAUGGGUUUCUUGAUAGAAGAGACUGCCCCAAUUGUGUGGAGAGGGCUCAUGGUCAUGUCGGCUGUUGAGAAAUUGUUGAGACAGGUUGACUGGGGUCAACUGGACUAUUUAGUGAUUGACAUGCCACCUGGGACUGGAGAUGUACAGCUGUCAGUCUCACAGAAUAUUCCAAUUGCAGGAGCUGUGAUCAUCUCUACCCCACAAGACAUGGCUUUAUUGGAUGCACGCAAAGGAGCUGAAAUGUUUAGAAAAGUCCAUGUACCUGUUUUAGGACUGAUUCAAAAUAUGAGUGUUUUCCAGUGUCCCAAGUGUAAGCAUGAGACACACAUUUUUGGAGCUGAUGGUGUAAGAGAUCUAGCAAAAACACUUGGAUUGGAUAUUCUAGGAGACAUUCCGCUGCAUGUUAAUAUACGGGAGACGUGUGAUUCAGGACAACCUGUUGUGAUCUCGCAGCCUCAAAGUGAUGCCGCUAAAGCCUAUCUAAAGAUAGCUAAGGAAAUAGUAAGGCGCCUGCCAGUACCUCCUGCGUGA